AUGUUUAUACCUAAUACACUCAGAAAUAACAAAAUUAAUCUAUAAACUUUAUAAAACUUAGACUUUGAAUUGAUGCAAAGGAAUAAUGAUUUAGAAACAUUACAAUCUUUUAUUAUUCCAUUGCAAUAGUAAAUCAAUCUUCAUAUUUAGAGGUUUCACAACUGAACGUGAGUUUAAAGAUUCUGUUAAUACUAUUAAGUAUUUAAAAUUAGUCUAUCUCAUGUAAAUGACAUUACUCUAUUUUGAAUAUACUAAACAAUAUUAAGAAACAACUAUUGAUUAAAUAUUCAAAUAAGAAUUUCUACUUGACAAUGAAAUCACUUAAAAAGAAACACUCUUAGCUAAAUCAAAAAAAAAUAUUAACAAUCUUAAAUUAAAAUUAUCAUCUGCUAAUAAAGAAUUUAAAAAAAUCAAAUUAGAAGCUUCUAAAAAAGAAACUGUUUAUGCUUGUUUAUAUUGUACAGGAAAAGCUUUUAUUUCUAUUCCUUUGCUUGAAGCUCAUUAUUAAAGACAUCAUAUAGAUAAAUUUGAAAAGCCUAAAUAAAAUUUUUAAGAAACAUUACUUACAGUCUAAACAUUACUAUUGUAAUAAUAAAUCAAUUCCAUGAUUAAUAAUUAAAAUUAAUAAGAUUUUAUGUUAUAAACCAUGUAACAAGCAUAAUUUAUGUAAUAAUAAGCAGAAGAAUCUCAUUCUUCAUAAGAUGAAGAUUUAGAGGAUGAAAAAAUGGAUGAUUAUUAAAUGAGAUAAAUUAAAUAUGAAUUUGAAUAAAAAAAUCUACUACUUUAAUAAUAAAUGGAAUCUUUACAAAAUUAUAUAGCUGUUCAUAGACCUUAAGAAAUUCUAGAUAAAAUUGAGUAAAUUGAAUAUAGAAUUGAUAAUCUUAAAAUUCCAGAACCUGUUAAAAUAGAAGAAAAAUUACCAACACCACCUCCUGAGAAUUUUAGUUAUAAUGCAGGACCUUUAGAAGAUGAAAUUAGUGAAAUUGCUGAUGAUAUUUAUGAUGCAAAAGAUAUUUAAUAAGAAAUAAAAGAAGAUGUUACUAAUGAUUCUAAAAGUGAUGACAAUUAAAAAGAACCUUCUGUUAUUAUUGAUAAUUAAUAAGAAGCUGCAUUUCUUUAAGAAGAAAAAGAAUUUCAUCAUUUAGUUAAAUCAAUUAAAUUGAAGAAAUCUUAAAUUACUAAAGAAUUAAUGGAUCAUUUUAGAAAUAUUCAAUUAGACAAUGAAUUAGAAAGAAAACUUAAAGAAGUAUUAAAUGUAAAUAUGAAUGAAAUACAAUUCAAAAGUGAAGUAAAAUAUAUUUAAUUAAUUAAUCUAGAAAGAAUUAGAAGAUUAUUUAACUUAAUUAAAUGGAAAUAUUUUAUUAUCUGAUAAAAAAUAAGAUAUCAGAAUAAAUGAUCCAGAUUUAGAUGAAAUCAAAAAACAUAAUGGACCUAAUGUUCUAUAAAUGGAUUCCGAUAAUGCAUUUGAUGAUGAAGAAAAUGAAACAAAAAAAAAAUAAUAAUAAUAAUAAAAAGAAUUUAAAGGAAGAUUGAGUAAAAAAUAAGGAAAAUCUAUUAUUGAAUAAUCAAGAAAUGUUCGAUUUUAAUAACCUGAAACACCACCAUCAAGUUAAUCAAAUAAUUCAGAAGAAGAAUUUGAUAUUCAUUAAAAAAUAAAAGCUAAUGUCUAAGAUAUUAAUAUGUCAAAAUCUUAAAAAUAAGAACCAUAAUAAUUAUAGAAGAUUUAAUCAGUAAAUAUGAUUAAAAAUUCUGAAGAAAAGGAUUAAAUUUAAUCAUUAUUACCACUUGAAAAAAAGGUAUCUACAUAAUCAUAAUAAUAAUCAUAAUCAUAAUAAUAAUCAUAAUCAUAAUCAUAAUAACAAUAAUAUUAAAUAUAAUUUUAAUAAAAACCAUCAAGCAAAAGAAAAAAUAGUUUUGAAGAUUCAGAAGAAUUUUAAACAGAAAAUAUAUAAACAAUAUUUUAAACCAAAAGACCAGUUUCAUAAAUAUCUUAAUUUGGUAAGUCUUAAGAAUCUGAUAUACCAUUACAUCAAAAUGUAAUUAGAUCAUAACAAUAAAAAAGUUCAAUAAUAAAAAAUAAGUUAUUUAAUGAUAGUGAAGAUGAAUUUUGA